UUAGCGAUCGAACUCCUGACCAAGGACAAUGAGGACACCCCUACUAAUCUAGCAUUCCUAUCAGCGCGCAGACUCCCACAUGGAGGCGUAUUAUACGAACUCGACUCAGUAGAAUCAGUUCUCUGGUUUAAUGUCCCUGCGCAUAGAAGCAAGUUCCUCGAACACUUCGGCACAGAGAUAGUUAUCAAAGACCGAUCCUUCCACGUACUAGUCGAGAAUGUGCCAAUAUCCUUCAUCCCGGACAACCACGCCGCAAUAGCUGAUGUAGAAAAGAAGGCAGGCCUCAAACAUAAGUCAAUAUACAGAGCAAGAUAUAUCAAACUGGCAGCCAGGCGCAACCCAGGUCAGCGCACAGCCCACGUCAUCCUCACAUUCGGCACGAAGGAGGGCGCCAACCAGGCCAUCAAGCAUGGAUUAUCAAUCGAGGGGAAGAAAGAACACGACACUUGCGGAACGUGUAGCAACCAACACAGAAUGGCUACCUGCACAAUCACUGAUCAGACCCAAUACCAGUGCAAGAACUGCGAUGUCGCAGGACACGCUGCAUGGAGCUGCGACUGCCCAAUGUUCAUAAGCAAAUGGGAGAGCUACAAGAACCGCAAUGUGGACGCUAAGUAUCGGUUCUUCCUGACUGAAGACCCGCUCACGUGGGAA